AUGUAUCUCAGAUGGAGAAAAAUGAAAAAACUCAUAAUCAAUGCUCAAGAUGUGCAGCUAUUUUUAUCAAUUCUAAAAUUUCUACCCCUGAACAAAUAUAAUGGUUUUAAAUUUGACAGUGCUGAACGUAUUUAUGUUAAAAAAGAUAAUAAACCGACAAAAACAAUAAAAGUUAUUUUUGUUGAUAAAUUAAAUUGUAAAACAUUUUUAAAAACCGGGUUAAAAACUGAUUAUUUGCAUUAUGAUGUUGAACCAGCUAAACCAAAUACACAACCUGUUCAGUGCUACAAAUGUUGUAAAUUUGGACAUCCAGCCAAAUAUUGCAAAAAUGUUGGAAUAUGUAUUAAAUGUAGUGGUCCAUAUGCAGCAACAUUAAUUGAAUACAAAUGCAAAAUAUCAACAACAUUUACAAUGCGAGGCGGAACGCCCCAAAGAUCGCCGUUAUUGUAUAUAUUGUUCACCAGUGAUUCAUUAUCCACCAUUCCAAGUCAUAACAACUUGUUUGCAGAUGAUACUGCGCUUUGGGGUAUUGCUAAUACAACAAAAAGUUUAUCAAUACGUUUACAAGAAUCAGUAACGAGUUUGUGA